CCUUGAAUCCAGAUGGCCCCGCUGACCACCAGCGUACUGAACUUGCUGAUGGUACAGAACUGACUGUAGCUCGCAAGCACAGCCCACCCCCACACCUGCCCUGACACCGGACACAGCGCGGCAAAUCAAAGUGGUCAUGCACAGAUGGGCCGAAUGGAAUGCUCCUGCAGGCUUGGCGUCCCCAUUUCUCUGGCGGCGGAACGAGUGCUCUCAUAGUCCGAGCUCUUCCUUGAAAGUUGUCGUAACGUUCCUCGGCCCAUCAGUCGUUGUUGUCGACACGCUCUCGAACGCUAAGGUAGUUGGUGCGGGAAGCUCUUUGGCAGUCGUUUCUAGCUCUCCCACAAGCGAACGGCCUUGGCUCCCCACCCGUCCCGCCGAGGCUCACCGCCUCUAGUUGGUGUGCUUCCAGACAGCUUCUGGCAUCCAACACCCAGCAAAUCAGUGGCGCAGCCCGUUCUACUACCACAGUAGAACUGAGGUACUCCGUCGCCGGUGAAGAAUGGUGCUCAGGAUCAUUAGCAAGAGACAAAACGACGGCGAGAGCCACGGAAUCGGGUACCUCCGUAGCCGAGGCCAGUGCCUGCGUGCUUGGCGGGAGUCCGUAGGGCUGAGUUCGCGAUUGCGAGAAUCCUUCACUGGUGCAGGUAAUGAUCUUUCAAUGCCGAUUCUAGGAUCCCGCAGCUCGAUCGC